GGGACAUGAGCGCAAAUUAGGGAAGGCUGAGGCACAAGCUGUCAGUAUCUGAAGCUUUGCGCAAUGUUGGGCGACACCUGGACGUGUGUAGGGUGCAGCUCCGAGAACUUGGCAGAGCAAGACUUGUGCGAUGGCUGCGGAAAUCCCAGACAGCCCCCAGAUGGCCCAGAUGCAAAUGAAGGCACUGGAGAAACACUGGCCAAAAGAAGGAGAGGUGCACCUGUUGCUGGUGUGGAUGGCAAUUGGGCUUGCUUAGCCUGCAACAACGUCAACUUUGCGAACAGAGACACAUGCAACAUGUGCAAGUCACCCAAAACGCAGCCAGCCAGAACAAGCUCAAGAGCGCCGGUUGCUGGCGUAGGUGGCAACUGGGCAUGCGCUGCAUGCAACAAUGUCAACUUUCCCCACCGCGACGUGUGCAACGUGUGCCAGUCGCCCAAGACACAGCCUACAAGGCCAAGUUCGAAAGCACCUAUUGCCGGUGUGGAUGGCAAUUGGGCGUGUGUGGCUUGCGGCAACGUCAACUUUGCUUACAGAGACACAUGCAACAUGUGCCGGUCACCUAAAAUGCAGCCAACCAGGACAAGCACAAGAGCGCCCGUUGCUGGUGUGGAUGGCAAUUGGGCUUGCUUAGCCUGCAACAACGUCAACUUUGCGAACAGAGACACAUGCAACAUGUGCAAGUCACCCAAAACGCAGCCAGCCAGAACAAGCUCAAGAGCGCCGGUUGCUGGCGUAGGUGGCAACUGGGCAUGCGCUGCAUGCAACAAUGUCAACUUUCCCCACCGCGACGUGUGCAAGGUGUGCCAGUCGCCCAAGACACAGCCUACCAGGCCAAGUUCGAAAGCACCUAUUGCUGGUGUGGAUGGCAAUUGGGCGUGUGUGGCUUGUGGCAACGUCAACUUUGCUUACAGAGACGCGUGCAAUGUUUGCAAGGUAGCAAGGCCAUUUGCCACGCGAGAACCAGUUGCAAGGCCAGCAGUUGCAAUUGCGGACAAAUGGGUCUGCAGCUUGUGCAACAACGUGAACCUGGACAAAUGCAUGCAAUGUAUUCUUUGUGAGUCCCCGAAGCCUCAGUUGGUUAGGCAUGGGCGUGGGCACGGGAACGGGAACUGGCCAUGUGCCACGUGUGGCAACAUGAACUUCCCCUCUCGGAUUCAAUGCAAUCGCUGCAGCGCACCCCGCGAGCCGCUUGGAGCGCUAGGAGCGCUUGGAGCCUCUGAGGCAAGGCGAGGCGCUCCCAUUGCCGGCGUAGACGGAAACUGGCUAUGCCAAGCCUGCCAGAAUGUGAAUUAUGGCAUUCGGACACAUUGUAACCGAUGCCAAGCGUCGAAACCUGACGAUGCAGGAGCGGCCGGAAGCGGAAAGCUCCAGUGGCAGGCGAAGACGGCAACUGGGAAUGCCCGGGCUGCAGGAACGUCAACUUCGCGCAUCGGGAUCAGUGCAACCGCUGCGCUUUACCCAAGCCGGAGUCUGAUUUUGGCGGUGAGUUAGGCAUCCGCAGCUUGCCCAUAGGCGCUCGAAACUGAGAGGAAGGUCCGCGAACAUCCCAAGAUCCGGAUGGGCCAGGAUUUGACCAGACUAUAAGCAUUGGAUGUGCAAAGGACGUGAGGUCCAUGGAGAGUGCUCCAAUGCGAGGAUCCCACAUCCAUGAGAGGCUGUGGGU